CGCUUCUCUUCCUCAUUCAAUACAGACGAGUGAAGGCGAGAGCUGCGUCAUAUGUGUUUCUUAAACCUUCUCCCGUUACUUUUCCCCUUUUUAAGGUACUUACCAAUCACAAAGCAAUCUAGAUAAUAACAUAUGUUUAUAAUGCAUUUCGUUAUGGUGUUAUAUGGGUAAAAUAGAGACUUUUGCGUUAUUUAAAGAGUUCCGUGCUAACUGCAAAGAUGUGUAACUUUAUGCUAGCAGUUGGAGACCUCGUGGCUCCGUCGUGACCGAGUCUCGACAUAUAUGAGUGUGUACUGUGUCGUUUGUGUUUAAGCUAGUUACUACUACAUACAUGUACACAUAUUUCUGCUGUAAAGUUAUUUUGUAUUUAUCACUACAAGGGUGAAUCCAUGUGAUGCUGAGAUACUGAAUACUGCUGGAUGCUGUUAAAAGUACAAUUCAUUUUUGUGUUACUUGAGAACUCCUUUAAAAAGGAGUAUUAAAAUGUAUUUUGAUAACUUUAAAACAAUUAACAUUUUAUAUGGUAAUUAAGUUAAAAAGAUAAUUUAGAAAGCAUUAAAAAUGUCGUGACUGUGGUUGAUGAGUGCACAAAUGUUGAAAUGUAUGUUUUCUUGUAUACAUUGUUCAAAAGCAUUCAAUACAGACGAGUGAAGGCGAGAGCUGCGUCAUAUGUGUUUCUUAAACCUUCUCCCGUUACUUUUCCCCUUUUUAAGGGUACAACACAUGCGGUUCAGCGUCUUCUCCAUCCUCCUCCUGAGCGUCCUGUACCUCACACUGGCACAAGAUGAGACCUGCUGUCUGCAAUACAUUAAGAAAGUUCAAAUGUCCAUGAAGAACAGAGUGACCAGCUACAGGAAACAAGAGCUGGAUGGACGCUGCAACAUCCCCGCUGUUGUCUUCACAUUGGAAGACGGAAGUGAUUUUUGCACUGAUCCCAGAGAAAAAUGGGUCCAAGUCCUUAUGAGGAGGGUGGACCGACUGUCAGGAGGGUCUUCUUUGAUAAGGAAAGUGCGAAGUGUCAGAUCCAGACGUAGGCCAUCUUUGCAUGGGUCUGGUGCAUCACAAAAAAGUGUUCAGCGUCCGAGGGCCCAGCAGCCAAAGAAGUCUCAGAAGAAUAAAAUAGACAAUCGAUAUUUAUUCAAUCAGAAGCAGCAGCCUUACAAGAGUCAGCAAAUCCCUAAGUUUGCUCCUAAUAAACAAAUAGAUAUACAACUGAAUGUAUUUUUAAUUGUAUUUCUAUUUUUAUUAUCUAUUGCUUGCACUUAAUUUGUAUGUUCAAAUUUAUCUAGAAAAAAAGAUAAACAUUGUUAAUUGUGUGAGUCCUUUUGUUUUUUGACUUCUGUCAGUUAAAUUCUAAAUGUUACUCAAAAAUAAGUCAUAAAC